AUGUGGGGCAUGUCCCUCUUUGCCCUGCGUGGCAACACCAGGAAACUCUUCUGUGGCCUUCUUGCUACCACAUUCUCCGUCAUCAUGUUUGCCUCCCAUCUGUCAAUUAUGAGGAUCGUGAUUAGAACUAAGAGUGUGGAAUUCAUGCCAUUUUUCCUGUCGCUGUCUGUGUUCUUGUGCGGCACUUCAUGGUUUAUCUAUGGUCUACUCGGUCGUGACCCUUUUGUUUCUGUGUCCAAUGGCUUCGGCAGCGGUCUGGGGGCCAUGCAAUAACUGAUGUUGUACUUCAUCUACCGUGUCCGUGACAACAAGAAACCAACUCCUGAAGAAUCUGUGGAGAUGGGCCUUCCUAAACCUCAUCACCAAGAGAAGAAAUCCACUGCAAAUGGAUCAGCUCUGCAAGGGCACGACUAAAAUCUCCUGUUCAUAUCAUUGGACCACCCCCGCAUCAUUUUCAAUAAUCCUGUAAUUCGUGAACCAUUCGUAUCAAAUUCCCCUUCUGUAAGUUGUAACAAGAUGCC